UGUUCUUCUCUCUGCAAUCGCGCCUCAUUCGUUUUGUCUUUUGACGUGUCAAAGCUUGUGGCACACUCGUUCGUAAUCUGCCAAGCUUGGUCAUACGCGGACCCUUCCAGACGUUUCCUCGCCGCCGCCAUUUGGAUCUGUCAUCUUCAUACGAGCACUUGCGACAACACUUCUGCCUACGGGUAACACCGCCUUUUGACAUUUUUAAAUACGAAACAACUUCACCAUGGCGUCAUCAAAUACACCAGAAGCUCAAGGUACCAGCUACGUCGAGAUGCACGACAAAAACGAAGCCGCGCUAAUCGGCAAGCACUGCGAAUAUGACUACUGCAACCAACUCGACUUUCUCCCUUUCUUCUGUCAGUCAUGCCGAAAGACGUUUUGUCUCGAUCACCGAAGCGAAGGGUCACAUAAAUGUACAAACCCAGGUGCGUGGGCGGAGCGAAAGCGCCAGAGAGAGCUUGCGCAUCCAAGCAUUGGGCAAGGAAAGAUUCUAAGGGACAAGGUGUCCCAAAAGCCUUGCGCAUCCCCCGAAUGCAAGACCACAAUUGGUACAUCUUUGACACCCGGUGUACACUGUCAAACGUGUAACCGAGAUUACUGCCUGAAGCAUCGUCUAAAGGAGGACCACAAUUGCAGUAACUUGGUACCCAUCGGGGCUCGGCCUAUGCAAUUCGAUGUUGGUCAGAAGACAAAGACGGCAUUCGACAAACUGCGCGCAUGGGGUUCAGCAAAGAAAGAGCAGGCUGGCAGAGCUUUGCCCAAACCAAAGCCAAGCUCUGCAUCGGCACGUAUCGUUGCCGUGAACAACCUGAAGAAGACAGCCAAGGGCGACGACAAGACACCUGUUGAGAAGAGAGUGUACAUCUAUGUGGAGGCCGAGGCAGAAACAGCAAAAGCCAAGUUUCCCAAGGGGGAGUUCUUCUACAACAAGGAUUGGGUUGUAGGCCGAGUUCUGGAUGCUGCAGCAAGGAGUCUGCAGGUACAAAACAUCAAUAACCAAAGCUCAGAUGAAAAGGACAAGCUUCGAGUCUUCCACGUUGAAGGAGGCAGAAUUUUGGAGUAUAACGAAAAGGUUGGAACGGCGUUGCAGAGUGGAAAUACUGUGGUUUUGUUGCGUGGCGUUGGACCAGCUACCCCAGACCUGAUUGAGGCGUGAGCGUUGUUUUAUGGAUAAACUACCUAUAGAGAUGCAUGGCCUGGCGUUGGGCAAUUUUGAUACCAAGAGUACUGAUAUCAAUAUUUUUGUUUAUUGAGAAAA